AAAUCCAGCUUGCAAAAUGAAAAAUCCCCGUUAUAAAGCACUUCCUAGAGAUUUUGAGCCAUUUAUCUUUAGCAAGAGAGAAGAUAAUGGGUCGGAAUGAGGUUGAGGACAAGGUGGAGAAUAGCAUUGAUCCGGAAGAUGAACAUAAUGGUGAUCCGGGGGACAAAAAGCUCAAACAAGAAGUUGGGGAGACAUCGGUGGAGCGAUUGUUUGAAGAUCAAGAGGUGCCGUCAUGGAGGAAGCAGCUGACCAUGAGAGCCUUCGGGGUGAGCUUCUUCCUGAGCAUACUGUUCACCUUUAUAGUGAUGAAGCUCAACCUCACCACAGGUAUUAUACCUUCCCUCAAUGUCUCUGCUGGUCUCUUGGGGUUCUUCUUUGUCAGGACAUGGACCAAGUUGCUUCAGAAAUCUGGCUUGUUGAAGCAGCCUUUCACCCGGCAGGAAAAUACUGUCAUCCAGACCUGUGUCGUAGCUUCUUCAGGCAUUGCCUUUAGUGGAGGCUUUGGAAGUUACCUCUUUGGAAUGAGUGAACGCAUUUCCAAACAAUCAUCAGAUACUCAUGAUUUCAAAAACCCGUCAUUAGGAUGGAUCAUCGGCUUUCUCUUUGUUGUCAGCUUUCUAGGACUCUUCUCGGUGGUGCCUCUUCGAAGGAUUAUGAUCAUAGACUUCAAACUGACGUAUCCCAGUGGUACUGCCACUGCUCAUCUCAUCAACAGCUUCCACACUCCUCAUGGAGCAAAAUUAGCGAAGAAACAAGUGAGAGCGUUGCGAAAAUUUUUCACCUUCAGCUUUUUAUGGGGUUUCUUUCAAUGGUUCUACACUGCUGGAGAAGACUGUGGAUUUUUACACUUCCCUUCACUAGGGCUCAAGGCAUAUAAUUAUAAAUUUUAUUUUGAUUUCUCCGCAACAUAUGUUGGAGUCGGAAUGAUUUGCCCCUAUAUCAUAAAUGUAUCAGUGCUGGUGGGAGGGAUUCUUUCUUGGGGUCUGAUGUGGCCUCUCAUAGAAAAUAGGAAGGGUGACUGGUAUUCUGCAAGCCUCCCACCAAAUAGCAUGAAUGGUCUUCAAGCUUACAAGGUAUUUAUCGCCAUAGCCUUGAUCCUGGGUGAUGGUUUAUAUAACUUUCUCAAGGUUCUAAGUCAAACCAUCUUAGGCUUGUCUCAUCAGCUCCUGACCAAAAAAAUGAGCUCUGAUCUCCCUGUUGCAGACCAUUCUUCACCUAUGAGCUCUCAGCUCUCAUAUGAUGACAAGCGUCGCAGCCAACUCUUUCUCAAAGAUCAAAUUCCCACAUGGUUUGCCAUUGGAGGUUAUGUUGCUAUUGCUGCAAUCUCUAUGGGCACUCUUCCACUUAUCUUUCACCAACUCAAAUGGUAUUACAUACUGGUCAUCUAUAUAUUUGCACCCACAUUGGCUUUCUGUAAUGCCUAUGGUUGUGGACUCACUGAUUGGUCCCUUGCAUCCACCUAUGGAAAGCUGGCCAUCUUUACCAUCGGAGCAUGGGCUGGUGCUUCACAUGGUGGAGUACUUGCAGGCCUAGCAGCUUGUGGAGUUAUGAUGAACAUCGUCUCGACAGCCUCUGACCUAAUGCAGGAUUUUAAGACUGGUUACUUAACACUGGCUUCACCACGUGCCAUGUUUGUGAGUCAACUAAUUGGCACAUCAAUGGGUUGUGUAAUUGCGCCUUCUGUGUUUUGGCUCUUUUACAAUGCUUUUGAAGACAUUGGAGUUCCUGGAAGUGAAUAUGCUGCACCAUAUGCUAUUAUGUUCCGUAACAUGGCUAUUGUGGGGGUUGAGGGCUUCUCAAGUCUACCAAAGAAUUGCCUUCUCCUUUGUUACGUGUUCUUUGGUGCAGCCAUUCUGAUAAAUUUGAUAAGAGAUAGAGUGGAUAAGAAGUGGGGAAGGUACAUUCCACUUCCAAUGGCAAUGGCAAUACCCUUCUACAUAGGACCAUAUUUUGCCAUUGACAUGUGUGUUGGAAGCUUAAUACUGUUCAUCUGGGAGAAGAUAAACAAGAGCAAGGCUGAUGCUUUUGGUCCUGCAGUAGCAUCUGGCUUGAUCUGUGGGGAUGGGAUAUGGACUUUGCCUGCUUCUAUCCUUGCUCUGGCUGGUGUCAAGCCACCGAUUUGUAUGAAGUUCUUGUCGCGAGGCAGUAAUGCUAAGGUGGAUAAGUUCUUAUCACCACAUGGCUAAGUUUAUCAUGUGAUAUAUCAAUGUGAAGUCUUAAAGCCAGAGCAUAAAAGGACUUGUAAAAUAUCCCUGAUGCCUCUCUUUCAUUUUCUUUUUCUCUCUCUCUUUCUGGUGUGUAUACAAAUCUAGUAAAGCAGUCACAGAUGUGAUCAAGGAAAAAUGUGUUUGUCAUAUUACAAUAUCAAGGAGGUGUAAAUAGUCGCUUCUUCUUUUA